AAAUUAAAAACAGUGAAACUGAAAGUGAUAGUGAGAAGGAGGACAGUUAUAGUGUCGUGACAAGUUUCUCCGAGGGAGAUAAUAUUGACGUCGACGUUGACAGUCAUUAUGAUCAAAACACAGAAAAUUCGACGUCUGAAAGUAUUGUUGAUGAAAAUAACAACUGUUGUUUGGAUAGUAAAGACACAGAUCUUUCCGACGACGGCAGUGACAACGACGCUAUCAAUAAUAACGUUUGUGAUGAAGAUAUGGUUAUUAUUUCAAGUGACGGAGAAUCUAGUGGAGGAGACAGUGACCCAGAAUAUCAACAAAUCGAACUAGCCACGUCUCAAUACAAAACCAAAGUGUGGAACUUUACAUUUACACAAAGGUUAUGUAUACGUCGAGGACAAGAAUACGUUUUAGGAGAGAAUAUUGAAUGUGACUAUUUUGAGUUUGACAAAUAA